UUUCCUCUUCAUAGUAAAUUGGCGUAUUUCUAGAAAGCUAGAAGAAUUAAAGAAAGGCAAUGAACAGUUAAAGACAGAAAAUGAAAAACUAAAGGGAGAAAUGAAGGCAAAAACAGAAGAAUAUGAAGCAGUAAAGGAACAAUUGGAGAUAGCUAAAGAAAUAUUAGCUGCCCGCUUACACAAAGCUGAUGUGAUCUUGGAUCCCAGGACAGCUCACCCAAAGCUAAAAGUGUCUGAAGAUGGCAAAAGGGUUUGGAACACAGGAAAUGUUUCUAAGGUUACUGACUGGGAGAAGCGGUUUGACUCCCGCACAUUCAUUCUGGCAAAACAUGGAUUUUCAGGCAAACAUUACUGGGAGGUGGAGAUUGGUCAGAAGAAAACCUGGGACUUGGGAGUUGCCUCUGAAACCGCUUCUAGAAAGGGGGAGAUCACCCUGUCUCCUGAGAAUGGGUACUGGGUCAUAGGAUGUGAUGAUGGGAAAGAUUACUGGGCUCGGACAGAGCAAUGGACCCGCCUGAAAGUGAAUGGAAAGCUUAAAAGAUUAGGAGUAUUCCUAGAUAAAUCAGCUGGAAGUGUAUCUUUUUAUGAUGUCUGCAGUCAAAGGAAAUUGCACACCUAUAAAACACUUGGUGUUGGGGAGCUUUAUCCCUUCUUCUAUAUAGGCUCUGUAACUGAACAGCCAUUGAAAAUUGUGUAAUAUUUGAAAGAAAAUGAGAUUGUGG